UUGUCCUGUCCGACCAUGGCUGGGGCCCGCAAGCUGGAGUUGGCCGAGGCCCUAGAGCUGGGGCCUGACUGGCGGCAUGCAUGUCACGCUCUUCUCUACGCGCCGGACCCCGGGAUGCUCUUUGGCCGCAUCCCGCUGCGCUAUGCUGUGCUGAUGCAGAUGCGCUUCGAUGGGCGUCUGGGCUUCCCCGGCGGCUUCGUGGACAAGCGGGACAGCAGCCUGGAGGACGCGCUGAACCGCGAGUUGCGCGAGGAGCUGGGUGAGGCGGUGGCCGCCUUCCGCGUGGAACGCGCUGACUACCGCAGCUCCCACACCGGGUCAGGACAGCGCAUCGUGGCCCACUUCUAUGCUAAGUGUCUGACACUCGAGCAGCUGUUGGCAGUGGAGAAAGGUGCAACAGGAGCCAAGGACCACGGGCUGGAGGUGAUGGGCCUGGUUCGGGUACCACUGUAUACGCUGCGGGAUGGUGUGGGAGGCCUGCCCACCUUCCUGGAGAAUUCCUUUAUCGGUGCUGCCCGGGAGCAGCUACUGGAAACCCUCCAGGAUUUGGGACUGUUGGAAUCUGGCUCAGUCUCGGGCCUUAAGAUCCCAGCUCGUCAUUAGAGACAACCUCUCCGUGGACCCAUGGAAGCUGAGAUGAGGACCGUGGUACCAAGGGAGGAGGGAGGGAAAGGGUAAUGUUUUCUACUUGGAGAGAUAAUAGAUGAUAUACCAAAUUAAAAGAAGAUGAUAGAUGAUACCA